AUGGCAACAAAACCCCAUCUCAUCGAUACUCUCCCUUCUUCUUCUCUUCAAACAUUCAUCGAUGCCUUCCGUCAAGUCGAUUUGACUUCCCCCAAGUCCAUCUAUGAUACCUAUGUUCACGUCGGAGGAACAUUCAAAUGGGAUGAUGCAGUAACACCCCUCUCUAGUUUACAAUCUAUUGGACUCACACUCGUACUCUAUGUGGUCAUUAGUUAUACCAUCAGUUUCAUUCUCGGUACUAAAACUCCAAAGGAAAUGGAAGAGGAGCAUAAAAAUCCAACAUUUUUCCAGAAGGUGUUGAAAUGGGUCGCUUUUUUGCAUAAUUUGAAUAUGACUGUCAUCUCACUAGUUUGCUUCUUCGGUUUACUUUUUGAAGUUGCCAAAAUUGGAUUAAAGGAUGGUUUCUAUAGCUUGUUGUGUGACCCAGAACACAAGUACAAUGUUGGAUAUAUUCCAUUUUGGACCUACAUGUACUACAUGUCAAAAUAUGUUGAAUUGUUCGAUACUUUCCUUUUGGUUAUCAGAAGAUCUAGAUUGCGAUUCAUUCACACCUACCAUCACGUCACAACAAUGUCAAUUUGUUAUUAUGGAUUGUACACCGGUGGUACUGGACAAUGGAUUCCAAUCGCUCUCAACACUUUUGUUCACAUUAUCAUGUACUAUUAUUACAUGAAAGUUACAUUAGGAUUUGAUGUUUGGUGGAAGAUGUACUUGACUGAUAUCCAAUUAGUUCAAUUUGUAUUGGAUGCUGCUACAUUUACUGCUUAUUGUUAUGCUGAAAUGUUCUGGGAGAGACCAAAAGGUAAUACUUGCACCGGUUCAUUUAUGGGCUCAUUGACUGGAGAUGUAGUUGUCAUUUCUUUCUUUUUCUUGUUCUUUAAACUAAGACAAGAGAACGCAAGAGCUUUGGCCAAGAAGAAGGCAGCUAAAGAACAAUUAGCCAAGAAGGAGGAAUAA